UUACCACGCAGCCUUUGACGUGACGGGAAGCCGUUCGAGUUCAAGGAACCGGAGUGACCUGUUUGUUGAGGGGCAUAUAGAUAAAGUCCGUUAUCGCCCCGUGCCCCGCGCUAAUAGCGGCCCUAUCCACUGCUUGGAUCCGCAAGCCCUAUCCGUACCAAAUCCCAGCACUUGCUGGCCUCCACCUACGAACCGGAACCCCUACCGUACACUACAGCUUUUUUGCUGUGUAUCGCCGCCUUCGCCACUCCCGCGAACCAACCUGGAAACCGGCCAGUUCCUCUGACCUGGAAUUCCCACGAUCGUCCUUCCUACAUCGUGGGCUUGGUGUUCCAGUGCGACGUUUCUUUGACGGAUUGUGCUGCCUGAAAAGAGCGCGGCCAUCCAGCAUAAAGACAACCCCCACCGAGGAGCACCGCAAAGCGAUUUCAAAAUGGCGCCCAAGAAGAAGGGAGGCAAGAAGGGCGGCAAUGACGACUGGGAGGCCGAGCUCGGCGAGAGCAUCGCCCCGGCCAGCGCAACCACUCCCCCUGCCGAUGGCGCCCCCGCUGACGACGAGCCCGCCGCGGGCGGCGGCGGACUGAUGAAUCUGAUGCGCAAGACCAAAGAGAAGCGCAAGAAGAAGGGCCUGAACGAGGACUGGCUUGAGGAGAACGCAGCGGAGGGCGAGGCACAGCCCGCCGAACCCGCGCUGCCGGAUCUCUCGGCUAAGCAGGCCGAGGAGGCAAACCUCGACGACGAGUUUGCGCUGCCGGACAAGAAGGGCAAGGGCGGCAAGGGGGGCAAGGGCAAGGGCCAGCAACAACAAGAAAAGCCUGCUUCUCCCGCGGCGAAGGAGGAGGACGCAGAUGGCUUGGACACUGGGGGGAGGGUGUUGACCAAGGCGGAGAAGGAGAAAUUGAAGAAGGAGAGGGAGAAGCAGCGGAAAAAAGAGCAGGCAGCCAAGAAGAAGGGGGCCAGUGCUCCUGCGCAACAAGCCAAGGCCGAGCCGGCGAAGCCCGCCGCUGAGGAGAAGAAGGCCGAGAGUACACCGGCCCCGGCACCCGCUGCGGCCGAUGCUGGCGGAAAGAAGAAGAAGAUCCCCGCGGCGCUACUGGCUCUUCAGAAGCAGCAGGAGGAGCUGCGGCGGCGACAGGAAGAGGAAGCACGUCUAGCAGCCGAGGAGAAGGCCAGGAUAGAGGAAGAGGAGCGCAGGGAGGCGGAGGAGCGCAAGCGGAAGGAGGAGGAGAAGGCACGCAAGAAACAAAAGGAGAAAGAGAGGAUCGAGCAGCUCAAGCGCGAGGGCAAGUACCUCACCAAAGCACAGAAGGAGGAGAAGGCCCGCAACGAAAGGAAGCUGCAGCAGAUGAUGGCCGCUGGUGUCAAGAUUGCUGCGGUGGAGGAGGGCGAGGCUGAGAAGGAGAAGGCGAAAGAGAAGGAGCGCAAGAAGGCGGACGCUAAGAAACGCGGAGGCCGGUCGAAGAUUGACGAGGAAAAGGCUCUGGCAGAGGCCGCUGAGCGCGCGAGGUUGCAGGCUGAGGCUGCCGCGAGGGAAGCUGAGAAGGCUCGUCUUGAGCGGGAGAAGGCCGAAGCCGAGGCAGCCGCCAAGGCCCAGGCCGCUGCCGCCGAAGACAGCGUGGAAGAGGAUUGGAUGGCCGCUGCCGAGUCGGACACGGAAGAUGUCAAGGACAGCUGGGAUGCCGAGACCGACGACGAGGCCGAGAAGAAGGCCGAGAAGAAGGAAGACAAGAAGCCAGAAGCCAACGGCAAGGGCCAGCAAGCACUGCCCUCCCGGCCAAAGGCUAAGGAGGAGUCGGAUUCCGAGGACGAGUCUGAGGAGGAGUCUUCGGAAGAUGAAAAGACGGUCCAACAGCGGGCCAGCGAGGCUCAGAGGAAGAAGGAGGCUGCCGAGCGCCGCGAGAAGGCGCACCAGGCCGCGCUGGCUGCUCGGUCCAAGGACAACCUGCGGUCGCCGAUCUGCUGUAUUCUGGGGCACGUCGAUACCGGCAAGACCAAGCUGCUCGACAAGAUCCGGCAGACCAACGUCCAGGAGGGCGAAGCCGGCGGAAUCACGCAGCAGAUCGGUGCCACGUACUUCCCCGUCGAGGCCAUCAAGCAGAAGACGGCCGUGGUCAACCGCGACGGCAAGUUCGAGUUCAAGGUGCCUGGCCUGCUCGUCAUCGACACGCCCGGGCACGAGUCGUUCUCCAACCUGCGGUCCCGCGGCUCCUCGCUCUGCAACAUCGCCAUCCUGGUCGUCGACAUCAUGCACGGGCUCGAGCCGCAGACGCUCGAGUCCAUGAGGCUGCUGCGCGAGCGCAAGACGCCCUUCAUCGUCGCGCUGAACAAGAUCGACCGCCUGUACGGGUGGAAGAAGAUCGACAACAACGGCUUCCAGGAGAGCUUGGCGCUGCAGAACAAGGCGGUGCAGAAUGAGUUCAGGAACCGGCUCGAGCAGACCAAGCUCGCAUUUGCCGAGCAGGGCUUCAACUCGGAGCUCUUCUACGAGAACAAGUCGAUGGCGCGCUACGUGUCGCUCGUGCCCACGUCGGCACACACGGGCGAGGGCAUCCCCGACAUGCUCAAGCUGAUCGUCCAGCUCACGCAGGAGCGCAUGGUGGGCUCACUCAUGUACCUCUCCGAGGUGCAGGCCACGGUGCUCGAGGUCAAGGCCAUCGAGGGCUUCGGCAUGACCAUCGACGUCAUCCUGUCCAACGGUAUCCUCCGGGAGGGCGACCGGAUCAUUCUCUGUGGCGUGGAGGGCGUCAUCAAGACGAACAUCAGGGCGCUGCUCACGCCUGCGCCGCUCCGAGAACUGCGGCUCAAGUCGCAGUACGUGCACAACAAGGAGGUCAAGGCCGCCUUGGGUGUCAAGAUCAGCGCGCCGGGUCUCGAGGGCGCCAUCGCCGGCUCCCGGCUGCUGGUGGUCGGCCCUGACGACGACGAGUCGGAUCUGGAGGACGAGGUCGAGGCCGAUCUCGCGUCCCUGUUCAGCCGCGUCGAGAAGUCGGGCCGCGGCGUCAGCGUGCAGGCGUCGACGCUCGGUUCGCUCGAGGCCUUGCUCGACUUCCUCAAGGACUGCAAGAUCCCCGUCGCCAACGUCGGCAUCGGCCCCGUCUACAAGCGCGACGUGAUGCAGUGCGGCAUCAUGCUGGAGAAGGCGCCCGACUACGCCGUCAUGCUCUGCUUCGAUGUCAAGGUGGACAAGGAAGCGCAGCAGUAUGCCGACGAGCAGGGCAUCAAGAUCUUUACCGCCGACAUCAUCUACCACCUGUUCGACGCCUUCACCAAGCACAUCAACGAGCAGAACGAGAAGAAGAAGGAGGAGUCCAAGAUGCUGGCCGUCUUCCCCUGCGUGCUGAGCCCCGUGGCCGUCUUCAACAAGACCAGCCCGAUCGUGGUUGGUGUGGAUGUCAUCGAGGGAUCGCUCCGGAUUAAUACGCCCAUCGCGGCGAUCAAGACGAACCCGACAACUGGCGCCAAGGAGAUCAUCUCGCUCGGCAGAGUUACAUCCAUCGAGCGCGAGCACAAGCAGAUCCCCAUCUGCAAGAAGGGCCAGCCGUCGGUGGCCGUCAAGAUCGAGAUGGGCGGCCACCAGCCGACCUACGGCCGCCAGCUCGAGGAGAAGGACAUGCUCUACUCGCUCAUCUCACGCCAGAGCAUCGACACGCUGAAGCAGUUCUUCCGGAACGACGUCACCAUCGACGAAUGGCAGUUGAUUGUCAAGCUCAAGCCCAUGUUUGAUAUCCCCUAAGCUAAGCUAAGCUAAGUCAACUGGGUUAGAGUUUGAGUUUCACCUAGAAUUGAGUGUUCUUGCGUCCCUCAUUCUGCUCGGUUUGGCAAGAUGAGAG